GUAAUAAAUAAUUUUAAAUUAUAUUAUUAAAUAAAGAUGUUAAAUGUGCAAAUAAGUACUGCUUCUGGAGUGAAACAAAUUCUUACUGUCGAAACUCCAUUUAAAAUUCAAGAAUUAUAUGAUUACAUUGAAGGAUUAACGGAAAACUUUUAUAUUAUACAUAAUGGAAAGCUUAUUCAUGAAAAUGCCAUUUGCUAUACCGGUUAUAUUUCUAUUGUACCAAGAUUAUUUGGUGGAAAAGGAGGAUUUGGUUCUAUGCUACGAGCAAUUGGUGCACAAAUUGAAAAAACUACAAAUCGUGAAGCUUGUAGAGAUUUAAGUGGACGUAGACUUCGUGACAUUAAUGAAGAAAAAAGAUUAAAAGCUUGGAUCGAAAAACAAGGAAAACGAGAAGAAGAAGCUGCAGAACGUAAAAAGAAAAAAUUGGAAAGAUUAUGUGCUGAACCUAGACAUGAAUUUAAAGAUCAAACCUACGAACGCGAAAGGUCAGUUCUUACAGAAAGAGUUGGAGAUGCAGUUGAAGAAGGUUUUAAAGCUUCUACUUCUGGAAUAAAAAGAAAAUGUGAUGAAGAAUUUAAACCAAAUAAGAAGAAAAUUUUAUUAGAUAUAGAUAUUGAUUCAGAUGAAUUAGAUAGUUCUGAUGAAAGUGAUGAAGAUGAAAAAAUAUCUAUUGGAACCAUUAAAAAUGCAGAAUUAUCAUCAAACGAUAGUGGACAUUCAAGUGAUGAAAGUGGACAAAUUACAAAAGAUAAGAAUGAAAUAAAAACAGAACAUUUAGAAACAAAUUUUGACACUGAAAGUGAUAAUAAAAUUGUAAAUAUAACUGAAGAUAAAAAAAAUUUUUAAAGAAAUUAAAAUUUAUCUUUUCAAUUUUAUUUUACCAGUAAAUGCCUUGAAGUAUUUAUAAUAUGUAUAAGAUAUCUCAUAUUAUAAUAAAAUUAUUUAAUAUUUAAUAAUUAAAAAUUCUAAAAAAUCUAAAUAAAAUAAUUGUAUAAUUGUAAUUUAUAUGUUAUUAAAUUAAAUAUUAACUUUAGAGAGAAUAGAUAAAUCAAACUAGUUUGUAUAUUUUAAAUGCUACAUUGUACAAAUUAAAUUUAAUAUUAAAAACGAAUAAAUAUAUAAAGUGA